UCUCUCUCUCUCCCCUCUCUCUCUUCCAUACACACACGCCUCCCCAUCAGCUCCUCCAAGUGUCUAAUACACUGGAAAAUCAAAGCGCGAGCCUCCCCGUUCACUCACCACUGGUGUUGCGCGUGGAGCACAACAGAGAGAAGGAGAGAUGCUUUCCUCUCUUGUCCCUUCAGUUUAACUAUCAAGGAAAGUUAUCCUCACACAAAGGUGCUACAACCUUUCAUGUGAGCAUUUUUUUAAUCAGUAUUUGGGACAGACUGAGUGUUUUUAUGCACUUUUCAGCAGCGCAGCUGAGCGAGGCGGGAGAUGUCUGGGUGAGGUGAUUUUACGCACGCAGCUGAGAUGGAUCACAGACUCUCCAGAGGCAGUUGGGUGUCGGUAACCGGGCUUGUCAUAUGUCUGCUGCUAUGUGCCUGUGUAGUGGACCUGGUUCUUGCACAAAUUCGUUACUCCAUCCCUGAAGAACUGGAGCAUGGAGCUUUCGUGGGCAACAUCGCAGAAGACUUGGGCUUGGAUGUGGCCAAGCUGUCAGCCCGUCGGUUUCGUAUAGUCUCCGGCGCAAAGAAGCAGUAUUUAGAGGUGAACUUGGAGAAUGGCAUCCUUUUUGUCAACGAAAAGAUGGACAGAGAGGAGCUGUGUGAACGAAGCCCGAGCUGCUUUUUACACCUACAAGUGGUCAUUGAAAACCCUUUAGAGUUGUACAGAGUUGAAGUGGAGAUUUUAGAUGUAAAUGAUAACUCCCCCAGUUUCCCUUGGAGUGAGUUUAAUCUUGACAUCACGGAGUCGGCUGCCCCCGGCUCCCGUUUCCCGUUAGAGAGCGCACAGGACCAGGACGUGGGCACCAACUCUCUGCGCUCCUACCAGCUGAGCGCAAAUGAGCACUUCGUGCUGAAUAUCCAGACGCGCAAUGAUGGAAGCAAGUUUGCUGAGCUCGUGCUGGACACCCCGCUGGACCGAGAGCAGCAGAAAAAGCACGAAAUGGUUCUCACUGCCUUUGACGGAGGGUCACCUGAACGUUCUGGGACAGCACUGAUAACUAUCACGGUGUUAGACGCGAACGAUAACGUGCCCGUGUUCGACCGCUCAGUUUACAGAGCGAGUCUGGUGGAGAACGCGCCGAGGGGGACGCAGGUGCUGAAGCUGAACGCCACAGACUUGGAUGAGGGCUCCAACGGUGAGGUAACCUACGCGUUCAGCGGGCACGCACCUCUUAAGGUGCGAGAACUGUUCAAUGUGGACCCGUACACAGGUGAAAUCCGAGUGAAAGGCGUGGUGGACUACGAGAAAGCCAGUGUUUAUGAACUGUAUGUGCAGGCAAAAGACAGGGGACCCUCUGCUGUGGCAGUCCACAGUAAAGUGCUGGUGGACAUCCUGGAUGUGAAUGACAACGCACCUGAGGUCAUCCUCACGUCAGUGUCCACCCCUGUGCAGGAGGACGCGCCACCGGGCACGGUUAUAGCUGUCAUCAGUGUCAUGGACCGGGACUCGGGAGAAAACGGGAACGUGGACUGCCAAAUACCGAGCAACGUCCCCUUCCAACUCCACUCAUCUUUUAAAAACUAUUACACUUUGGUGACGAGCGAGUUUCUGGACAGAGAAGCGGUGUCCGAGUACAACAUCACCCUCACGGCGCGAGACCUGGGCUCUCCUUCGCUUUCCACCAGGAAAACCAUCCUCGUACAAGUGUCUGACAUUAAUGACAACCCCCCACGGUUCUCCCAACCUUCAUACACUGUUUAUGUGACCGAGAAUAAUGCCCCCGGCGCUUCCAUUUGCUCCGUGACUGCAUUCGACCCCGAUUCUAACCAGAACGCCUAUCUGUCUUAUUCUAUUCUCGAGGGUCAGAUUCAGGGCAUGCCCGUGUCCACUUAUGUCUCAAUCAACUCCGAUAAUGGUAACAUCUACGCACUACGCUCCUUCGAUUAUGAGCAACUCCGAAACUUUCAGAUUCUGGUUCAGGCGCAGGACGCUGGUUUCCCUCCUCUCGCCAGUAAUGUCACAGUAAAUGUCUUUGUCUUGGACCAGAAUGACAACGCGCCGAUUAUCGUGUCCCCGCUGCCCAAAAACGGCACCGUGGCAGCAGAGGUGGUUCCGCGCUCCGUGGACGCUGGGUAUCUAGUGACCAAAAUAACUGCGUUAGACGCGGACGCAGGGCAGAACUCCCGGCUGUCAUAUCAAGUGUUACAGGCGACGGAUCCCGGACUGUUUAGCGUGGCUCUGUACACGGGUGAAAUCAGGACUAUUCGCCGGUUAGUGGAAAAAGACGCUACAAGACAGAGGUUGGUAAUAUUAGUCAAGGACAACGGGCAGCCGCCGCUCUCCGCCACUGUCUCAAUUGUCCUCACAGUGGUAGACAGCGUGCCCGAGUCCCUGUCAGAUUUCGGAGAUCUCACACUCAGCCCACAACCCCCCUCCAACCUCGCAAUCUACUUGAUCGUGUCACUGAGCACAAUAUCUUUGAUAUUCCUGGUGGCAAUUAUCGUGCUGGCUGCGGUUAAGUGCUACAAGGACAGGGAGACCAUCAGCGGGUAUAAUCUCCCCCCAUUCGCCUGCUGCUGUUGCGGGGGGUUUCAGCCCGAUCCGCCUCCGGAGGUGUUCAAAAAGUCGAACCUCAACCUGCAGAUUUCCUCCGCCGCCAAAGUGCCAACAAACUGUAUGGAGGUGAAUGGAAACAGCAGCCUCUCUCAGUCAUAUUGUUACAAAGUGUGCCUGACUCCCGAAUCAGCCAAAAGUGACUUUAUGUUUCUGAAGCCAUGCAGCCCCGGCAGCACACCGAGGAACAACGAGGCGAAGAGCGCGGAAAACUCGUGGAACGCGCAGAGCAGGAGCGCAUCUGUGAACAACGGAGCAACUACUCCCAGCGAGGUACAGUGAGAUCAGCAUACAGUAUAAGACAAGAAAGAAAAUACUGCUCAUUCGAAUGAGCCUGUUUCACCCACUGUCACAGAAAAAUUCAUCUUAAUUCACCUCCUGAUCAGAAUCUAGACUCUGACAUUGCCUCAUUGAAGGUCAAAUCACUCAUCACGCCAGGCUGAUUUGAAGUCAACUUGAGAGCAAAAGACAGAGCUCUCAGUCUCCACACAGUAUGUGUUGUCCCACCUGUUUUUAUAAUCACGACAACAAUUAAUCCUCUUAAUGCCACCUCAAGUUAUGUUCGGCACACGGGAAACGAAGCGAGACGAUGUGAGAUUAAUUUUUAAUUGACAUGUUAAUGAAAGUGUUAAACCCUGUCUCGCAGGGAGCAUAUGCUGUGCGCAUAGCGUGUCUGAUCAUCUGUAUACUGAAAUGAGAUAUCAAUUACUGUGUGAGAGGAGGAGAGGUGCAAGCUGACUUCUCUAUUAGCCGAAGUGACAUUUCCAUGUGUCAUCACAACACAUUUCACAGAUAUAAAAAAAAACCCUGCAACUUCUUUUGAGAUGGAAUAACACGACUUGUUUUGUUGUAGUUUUUGACCUACAUCAUCCAGUGUCAUUACGACACCCUUGAGAACACGCACACACCCACACACACACCUGAGUUUGAACAAACAGCAAGGUUAUAACGAAUAGGGCGAACGCCACCAUUAAUACAUCUGUCCUGAUUUCAGACGAUCGUUCUUCGACCACUGAGAUUCACGACGCGCCUCCUUGUUCUCAAACUAACAAUACAGGACAGAUAACCUCUCUAACUAUGCCUCAAGGGCAUACGCGCGGCCGGACCAUUAUAUUACACACAAUGUAGCGUGCUCGCAAGGGAGGCUGUCUAUUAUUGAUGAAAAAUGGCAAAUAGCCGCUUUUGGGGAGUCAGGGGAAGAGGACACUGGGAGGAGAGGGGGCAGGGGGGCGCAAGGACAUGGCUGGACUGAGACGUGGGACGCCUGUAGAUCGGAGAGAGAGAGAGAGAGAGAGAGAGAGAGAGAGAGAGAGAGAGAGAGAGAGAGGCUUCAUAUUUGUUGAGCAAGGGAGUGGAGAGAGGAGGGGUGAAAUAGAAGUAUUCAGGGAGGAAGGAGACAGGAGAAAGGGAGUUUAUGGAGGCAGGAUGACUACACUCGUGUUUUCUACUUCUAAUAAAUCGGUUCGCAGCGCUCCUUUAUUUUGUAAUUAAAAACGCAGAGGGACAAAGACCCCUGAUACCAGACUCCACCAGUCAAGACUGUCAAAUGUCACCUCGGUCACUGGCACACACACCUCUGGCCACAAGAGGCAUUUCGAGGUCACGGGGAUUGUUCUGCCUGCAGCUACGCUCCUUCAGGAGACAGCGUCCUUCAUUCCUUCUUUCCUUCCUUCCUUCCUUUCUUCUAUCCUCCUUCCGUGCUGUUAAUUGGUGUCCCUCUGCGUGAAGACCUCGCGAGGUCGUCAGUGACACAUUUUAUCUGAAAGGCAAAUCACCAGGAAACUACUUAAGCGCGUCGCAGGCCUGCUAAUGAGUUGAAGGUGAAAGGGAGGGUUGAACACAUGUUCAGGCGCGUAAAGACACGCAGGACAGGUGCGUGCACGUGAACGCGUGGAAGUGCGUGUUCGAGUCUCUUGAUUUGUGCAUAUACAGCUGCGAGGAGCGUAAACUUUUCAAGGUUUUCUCUGAGACUUUUAAUUAAAAACCUUGCUCGAGGAGCGUCAGGCAAAUAUUAAUGUAAAAUGAUGCAUAAAAUCCACAAAACAAUGACGUGUGUAAUUUCUUAAUUUCCUCCCUGGCACGGUUUCCUUUGAAGAUUAAAAUCAUGUUUCGUUUCAUCCCGGUGGGGUUCUAAUUGGUUUUGUGCCUACUUGGCAAGGGGUGUAUUUUGAAUACCGAUUUCAAUAAUACGCUUACCUCGCAUUCUCCUUGUUAACAGUUUCAAGUGAAUUAAUAGAGCGUGGAAUCUAUACUGUGAGUCUCAGACGUGGAAUAAAUAUCACGCGGGUGCUCCCCAUCACCCCUCCCUCUGCGCUACAGUGGAUAAAAGCAAAACUAAGUGACAGGCGAGCCGUAGCUGAAGGCAAGAGCACCUCUGCUCAUAAAGAUGAUGUUCUUCAAAAUAUCCACAGGGUGGCAGUCACGAUCCAUGUGACAGUGCCCGUGUCUCCAUUUCAGGACGAAUACAAAGAUAGACUGCUUCUCAUGUCAAUUAUGUCUGACCUCUACUGAUUCAAGAGGACGAAAUGAACAGACGGUGUUUUUCUCUGAGACUCUCUUGACAGACAUUUUCGCCAACAGACCUUGACAGUGACAGUACACUUCUGUUUGUCUCUCCAUGUUUUGAAAAUCAUUUCUAUGAAGCCAAAAAUUUAAUUCUAUCUUGUUUGUUUUUGUCCUCCAGUUGAAGCAGCCAAACACAGACUGGACUCUUACAAAGAACCAGAACUCCUCUAUUAAAAGGUAUCAUUUCUAACCUCACUCUUUCAUCAAUAUUUCAUUAGUUUGAAGAUUAACGUCAAAGAUCUGUUUUAAAAAAAGUCAUCAUGCUCCUGUGUUUUUCUUGCAGUUAUAAUUCUAUCAACAUGGAUGGCACCCUCAUGCGUAAGGCCAUGCAUGCGGACCCAGAAAACUAUGUUACCUCUAUGGCACCCGGACAGUACUGGACCUGGGGGACUCACAUGAGAGGCAUGAAAGGUAAGAGAUACUAACUUACUUACUGCGCUCAUGAUAUACAUUUAGAGCUUGUCCAACACCCAAACAUCAUUUCUGCAUUUGAGAGGACAGUUAGUAUCCUCAGGUAUUUUGUUGGUGAGAUUUUGCCAUAUCAACAUUAUUAUUCUAUUUUAUUUUUUAUUGUCAAAGUCAUUUUGUACCUUUCGCCUUUUGACAUUUAAGUGUAACAAACCCACUGUUCAAAUACAAACAGUACAGCAGCAUCACUAGGUCAAUACUGAAUAAUCAAGUAGUUUCCUCUCCUCUCCUGUCCUUCUCGUCUCUGUCACACUACAGAUUAUAAGAUGUCUCCGUCCACGAGUGGGGUCCCCCCUCGCCCUUGGACUCCUCGCUGCACGCCUCCUCCCCAACAGCAGCAGCCCUCCAUCCCUCCUCACCCUCACCCACACCCACCACCAGACUAUCACCACAAUAUGUACAUCCCCGGGACCCCAUCGGGCUUUUGCACCCUGAGGCCAGCAGUGCAGCGAAGUGAGCUGGAUGUCCACAACUCCUUCUCCACUUUUGGCAAGAAGCGACGACUUCAGAUGUCCCCGCAGGGAGAGGCUGCGAUUAUAAAUAAUGACCUGUACAAUGACUGACGUAUCAAUGACUGUCAGAAAGGACGAUCAUUAUGAUGAAAAUUGGAUCUCAACACGGAGGAAGAGACCAUUCGAUAGAUAUAAAGAACAUUUGUUUUGGGUGAACUGAUUAAAAACAGAGGAUGAGCAAUUUAUAGAGUAAGAGACGUAUUGAAUGAACAGUUUAUUUAGGCCCAAAUGAUGGGAAAUGGAGUCUUAUGUCAACUUCUGUGUCACGCCACUUGAUCAAGGCCAAUAUAUGUGUCUGCCUAGUAAUAUUGUUGCUCUUAUUAUCAUAUUAUUAUUUAGACAAUCAGACUGGUGCAGCAGUUACAUCCAUGUUUUGAAAAAGCAUUGGUGGUCAAUCAUUUUGCACAUCUUUUUCAAUUUAUGUUUCAUGUUUUAUGAAGAGAAAAAGUCUUUUUCUUUUGUAUGUUUUCUUUUUUCUUUCUGACAAAGCUUGUGUGAAUAUGACAAAUUGUGUGAUAAUGUAUAUGCAAGCUGCAACAUGAUGCAGAUAACUGUAAAGGCUGGGGGAUUGACCCUACACAUGUACUGUAUACAUUUAUGAGAAUAAAGUAUUUUUUUCAUA